UGUCAUUAAAAAUAAAAGAAGAGAAAAAAGGAGCAGCAGCAUCAGCAUCAACACCAACAGAAGAAGAGGAAGAAUCGUUUUCUGUGAGAUGUCGGCACCGGCUGCUCGUGACGUUUUAGUGUCCCUGUUCGUCAGAUUGACUUCUGCCCAUCGGGCUUUGGCUCCGUCGUAUUUUAGUGUUGGAUGUAAAAGAGGCAGUGUCAGACGCAUCCAGAGCAGAGCACACAGCAACACAGUGGACUUUACGGCAGGUAAACUGGUGCGGAAUGGAGAAGACAAGAAAACAGUGAUCUGUAUUGAAGGCAACAUUGCUAGUGGGAAGACAACCUGUCUGGAGUUUUUCAGCAAAACCAGCAAUGUAGAGGUCCUUACAGAACCAGUCUCUAAAUGGAGGAAUGUCAGGGGACACAACCCUCUGUCUCUCAUGUACCAAGAUCCCCAGCGCUGGGGAAUCACACUGCAAACAUAUGUUCAACUUACCAUGCUGGCUGGACACCUGUCACCCAUGUCAUCUCAUGUCAGGUUGAUGGAGAGGUCCAUCUUCAGUGCUAAGUACAUCUUUGUGGAGAAUCUCUUCAGAAGUGGGAAAAUGCCAGAGGUGGACUAUGCUGUUCUCACUGAGUGGUUUGAUUGGAUCACAACGAAUGUUUCUCUUCCAAUUGAUCUUAUUGUUUACCUGCAGACAUCUCCUCAGAUCUGCCAUGAGAGGUUAAAGCAGAGGUGCAGAGAGGAGGAGAAAGUCAUUCCACUGGAGUAUUUAGAGUGCAUUCAUCAGCUGUAUGAGGACUGGCUCAUCAAGCGUACCUCCUUCUUUCUUCCUGCUCCUGUUUUGGUGAUUCCUGCUGACCACGACCUCCAGAAAAUGCUGCAGCAGUAUGAAGUAAACCGUGACAAGAUCCUAGCAGUUAGCAGACAGCAUCAUGCCUCAUGAUUUUAAGAAUCAGUUUUGAUUUCAGAUGAAGAAAAACAUCCAAUUUCUUCUCAGCUACAUUUUUUAAAUUUAUUUUAAAUAAAGGGGAAAAGGGAUUGGGCAGCACAGUGGCUCAGUGGUUAGCACUGAUGCAUCCCAGCGAGGAGGUCCAGACCCUGUAGUAGAGGAUGAGAUGAGAAAAGCGAUUGGAAAAACUUUCUUAGACUGAGUUGAUAUUUAUUGAUUGCCUUGUUAUGUCCCUGUUUAACCUAUCCCAAGAGCUUGUGUUUUGCACAUUGUAGAGAGUUUGGGAUUUUGUAACAACUAUUUCCUAGAGAUGGAGGAUACGUGUAUACCUAAUAUCAGUGGAUUUCACUGUUUUUUGUAUGUGGUGGUUAUGUAAGAUUGAAAUGUUGCUCAUGUCCACUUUAAUGAAAGGGUCAUGUGAGUUUGUGAUGGAUAACACAUCUAUAUAAGCAGAAGAAUGUACUUGGAAGAAACAUCUUCAAGAAACACUAUAAGAUCAGUUGCCCUGCUUUACAUUUUGUGAUUUAAUCAUUGCUUUAUUUUGUGUGUUUUUUCAUCAUUAUGAAUAAAUUCUGUAAUUGUGA